CCAACUGAGAAAUUGAGUGAACCGGUCAAAUUUCGUUUAUUCCCGAAAAAGCCCCUAGCGAUUGUCGAUGGCAGCUCCUGCGGCGGAGGCAACCGCCGCAACCGCUCUACGCUCCGUCAUUCUCAGGGCUCGUAAUGCUGCGGAGCGUGUAGGAAGAGAUCCGGAGCGAGUAAGAGUCGUCGCGGUCUCGAAGACUAAACCGGUCUCACUUAUCCGCCAAAUCUACGACGCUGGUCAUCGCUGCUUCGGUGAGAAUUACGUUCAAGAGUUCAUCGACAAAGCUCCACAGCUUCCGGAAGAUAUAGAGUGGCAUUUCGUGGGGCAUCUACAGAGCAACAAAGCCAAAACUUUACUAGCUGGAGUCCCAAACUUGGCAAUGGUUCAUGGUGUUGAUGGAGAGAAGGUAGCAAAUCAUCUUGAUCGAGCUGUUUCAAGUCUUGGGAGACAUCCACUUAAGGUUUUGGUCCAAGUUAAUACAAGCGGAGAAGCUUCUAAAUCUGGAGUAGAACCUUCUAGUGUUGUGAAGUUAGCAAGACACGUGAAUAUGCACUGUCCGAAUCUGGUGUUCUCUGGUUUAAUGACUAUUGGGAUGCCUGACUAUACUUCUACUCCAGAGAACUUUAGGACACUUACAAACUGUCGAGCUGAGGUCUGCAAGGAACUUGGAGUGUCUGAGGAUCAAUUUGAACUGUCUAUGGGCAUGUCCGGUGACUUCGAACAAGCGAUUGAGAUGGGAAGCACCAAUGUGAGGGUUGGUUCCACAAUUUUCGGACCAAGAGAUUACCCCAAAAAAUCAACUUAGCUAUACUACAUUGCUCAAAACACUUGUUGAUCUUGUAAGAUUAUGUAUAUUUUAUUCAUCUGUGGCAAACACAAUGUGUAUUCACAAGUUACUUUAUACAAAAAAUCAACACAUUGUUAUCAAUGAAAUCAACAUCUUGA